GUAUAUGAGCUUUCUUCACAUGAAUCUCUUGCACUUUUAGUUGGAUCCUAUUAAAGAUCCCAUUUUGAUUGCUACACUCAUCAACUCCCAUCUCUCUCUACCUAUUUUCAUUCCAACAAUUGCUUUUUGUUUAAUUACAAAUUCAAGAAUCCCAUUUCUUUCUGGUGCAACUAAUCCUCAUUGAGGUAAAUCAUCAUCCACCUUAUCUUCAUCACAUAUCUCUGUGAGCUCUGAAGCUUGUGUGGAAAUCAUAAGGGGAAAGGGGAUUUUGCAGAAAUGCAAGCUAUAUUACAAUCAAAAGGGCUUCUUUCGUUGCCAUCAAGCCCCAAAACCAGGGCUUUCAUCUCACAGCCCUCGUGUGAUUUGAGGUACAGAUUCAAUCCCAUAAACUCUUUCUCCAAACCAAUCACACUAAACAAAGCCUCUCUUUCUCCAAAUGGGUUCUCAAAACUUCAGUCCGAACCCCAAAACAACAGAAAUCGUCACUUCUGCCGAGCUGAGGCAGCUGCAUCAUCAGCUGAUGGGCAGCCACCCAAAUUCAUGGGCCUUGAUUUGGUGACUCUCAAGAAAAUCAUACCUCUUGGGCUCAUGUUCUUCUGUAUUCUGUUCAACUACACGAUCUUGAGGGACACCAAGGAUGUUCUAGUGGUGACAGCAAAAGGGUCGAGUGCUGAGAUCAUACCUUUCUUGAAAACGUGGGUGAAUUUGCCAAUGGCUGUGGGCUUCAUGCUUUUGUACACUAAGAUGGCCAAUGUGUUGUCGAAGCAGGCUCUGUUUUACUCUGUUAUAUUCCCAUUUAUCGCCUUUUUCGGGGCGUUUGGAUUUGUUUUCUACCCCAUGAGCAGCUAUAUCCACCCCACAGCCCUUGCUGACAAUCUUUUGAACCUUCUUGGUCCGAGGUUUCUUGGCCCUCUUGCUAUUUUGAGGAUAUGGAGUUUCUGUUUGUUCUAUGUUAUGGCUGAGCUUUGGGGGAGUGUGGUUGUCUCAGUUCUGUUUUGGGGGUUUGCUAAUCAGAUUACCACUGUUGAUGAAGCCAAGAAAUUCUAUCCCCUGUUUGGGCUCGGAGCAAAUGUAGCGCUUAUCUUCUCUGGUCGAACUGUGAAAUACUUCUCUAAACUGAGAGAAAACCUCAGUCCUGGUGUUGAUGGCUGGGCUGUCUCACUAAAGGGAAUGAUGAGUAUCGUGGUGCUGAUGGGACUUGCGAUUUGUUUCCUUUAUUGGUGGGUCAAUCAUAAUGUCCCUCUCCCCACCCGUAGUCAGAAGAAGAAGGAGAAGCCACAGAUGGGGACGAUGGAGAGCUUGAAAUUCUUGGUUUCUUCAAGAUACAUAAGAGAUCUUGCUACUUUAGUGGUAGCAUACGGUAUUAGUAUCAACCUCGUCGAGGUUACAUGGAAGUCGAAGCUCAAAGCUCAGUUCCCAACACCAAAUGAGUACUCAUCUUUCAUGGGAGAUUUCUCAACUGCUACCGGAAUUGCAACUUUCACAAUGAUGCUUUUGAGCCAAUGGAUCUUCAACAAAUAUGGUUGGGGGGCUGCAGCGAAGAUCACACCAACCGUCUUGCUCCUAACCGGUGUCGGCUUCUUCUCCUUGAUUCUCUUCGGACACCCUCUCGCCCCAACUCUCGCCAAAUUCGGCAUGACCCCCCUAUUAGCAGCCGUUUAUGUCGGAGCAAUGCAAAACAUAUUUAGCAAGAGCGCCAAAUACAGCUUAUUCGAUCCGUGCAAGGAAAUGGCAUACAUUCCGCUGGAUGAGGACACAAAGGUUAAAGGGAAAGCAGCGAUCGAUGUAGUCUGCAAUCCUCUGGGAAAAUCUGGGGGUGCCUUAAUUCAGCAGUUCAUGAUCUUGACCUUCGGAUCCCUAGCAAACUCGACUCCGUAUCUAGGUGGCAUCCUCCUUGUGAUCGUCCUCGCCUGGCUAGGCGCCGCCAGAUCUCUAGACGUGCAGUUCACUGCGCUGAGGAAGGAGGAAGAGCUCGAGAAGGAGAUGGAGGGAAAAGGUGUCAAGAUCCCCAUAGCGUCUUCGGAUGAAGGUGAUAACGGUUCUCUUUCUCGCGGCUCGGCCGUAGGCGACAACCUGUCCCCAAAGAAGCUAUAUGAUCAAUAGAUUGACAGGCAAAGAUGGUGGAAAGAUAGAUAGAUAGGUAGAUAGAUUAAUAAGUUUAGUAACUCUUAGGUUUACAAUUUUAGUUUCUGAGAGUUCUUGGAUUUCAUUGCUCGUUUUGAUCAUGUUAUAGGAUUAAUGAAACCAAGAACGAUCUCAGAGUCUUAAUUAGAAUAUUAAAUCACGAAGUUUUAAUUUUUCUUUAA